CUCGACGCCUCGAACGAGUAUGCUUGUUGUUCUAGUCUAUUUCCAAAUGAACUUGAGCUGGCUGAACUACUUUGAUGCAGGAAAAUGUUGGUUUCAUAUUCUCAAUUGGUUCAGUUGGGUCACUUUUAGGAGCUUUACUGUACCAAUAUGUUCUUAAGGAUCAUCAGUUCCGAGACUUGUUGUUCUGGACUCAAUUGAUAUUCAGUUUAUCUGGGAUGCUGGAUUUCUUGCUGGUUUUACGUUUAAACUUGAAAUUUGGACUACCAGAUUAUUUGUUCAUUGUGAUAGAUGAGAGUGUGCAUCAGCUUGUCAACAGGCUAAAAUGGAUGCCUCUUCUAGUUCUAAGCUCCAAGCUUUGUCCAAGAGGCAUUGAGGGCACUUUCUUCGCUUUGCUUAUGUCGAUCGACAAUGUUGGACUUCUCUCGGCGUCUUGGGGAGGCGGGUUCUUGCUCCAUAUCCUUAAUGUUACACGAACGAAGUUUCAUAAUCUAUGGCUAGCCAUUUUGUUAAGGAACUUCUUGAGACUUGCUCCUCUUUGUAUGCUGUUUUUGGUGCCUAGAGGUGAUUCGAAUUCUUCGAUUCUUAUAACCGAACUGCCGAGCUCAGACGUCGAUAACGAGAUUUCU